AUGGCUUCCACAGACGCGCCCCCGCCAACCGACAGCGAGGAUAGAAAUCAAUCAUCUUCAGGACCCCGUAGCGACGGCAGAUCAAGGGGGAGAGGAGGUAGAGGAGGAGGUGGAGGAGGAGGACGGGGCCGCGGUCGCGGAGACAGCGGUCGCAGAGGGCGUGGAAGAGGACAACAAACAGCCCCUCCAGAGCAGACAAAUAACGCAAAGCCCGCGCAAAGUUUUAAGGCUAAGCCUGCUACUGACGAGGCUGCCGGCGGUGGCGAUGGCGAGGUCUGCUUCAUCUGCACCAACCCAAUCAGCCACUAUUCCAUACCCCCUUGUAACCACAUCACAUGCCACAUCUGCGCCCUACGCUUGCGCGCCCUCUACAAGAACAAGGACUGCCCUCACUGCCGGACCUCUUCUCCCUUCGUCAUCUUCACCGACGACAUCACCAAACGGUUCGACCAGUAUGCCGACUCCGAGAUUACGAGCACUGACCAGAACAUUGGUAUCAAAUACGUCGGCGAGGACAUUGUCGGCGACACCGUGCUGCUGUUACGCUACAACUGCCCAGACCCCAGCUGCGACUUCGCUGGCCUGGGCUGGCCCGAUUUGCACCGCCACGUACAGAGUGUUCAUCGCAAGAAGAUGUGUGACAUUUGUAUCCGACAUAAGAAGGUCUUUACGCAUGAGCAUGAACUGUUCACUAGUGAUGAGCUGAAGGCCCAUAUGCGGUACUCUGACCGUCGCCCGGGCGCUGCCGACCAAACCGGUUUUCGAGGGCAUCCUCUCUGCGAGUUUUGCGGUGUUCGUUAUUACGAUAUUGAUAAGCUCUGGGAGCACUGCCGCGAUAAGCACGAGCGGUGUUUCCUGUGUGAUCGCCGCGACUCACGCCAGCCUCACUACUUCCCCGACUACGACCGGCUGGAGGAGCACUUUAGCAAGGAGCACUACUUAUGCCCAUAUCAGGAAUGCCUCGAGAAAAAGUUCGUAGUGUUUGAGACCCAGAUGGAUCUCCAGGCGCACAAACUGAGUGAGCAUGGCGAGUCUUCAAGGGGGAGGGAAGCUCGGAUCGUAGAUUUGUCGAACUUCACACUACGUCAACGUUACGAGCAAGAACGGAGUGCGGCCAGCCGCACCACGCGUAGGAGAGAACCUGAGCCAGCUCCAGAGUCUCUUCACUCGGCCCAGCCGACUGCGACCGAGCUUGCCCCUUCCAGACCGCUUCAAGGUCUCCAGCAGCAACACCAGGAGGCCCGCAAUCGGUCCAUCCUCGACUCCAUGGAAUCCCUUACCAUCUCUGACCUCUCCUCCCUUACCCCCGAACAGCGUGCAACCCUCACGCGUCACAGCGCCGUUAUCGAGCGAGCGUCCAAUCUGCUUGGCAACGAUUCCUCCAAGAUUGCUACCUUCCGCCAGCACAUCUCGUCCUAUAAUCGCGGGUCUAUGACGGCCCAGCAACUUCUCGAUGCCUUCUUUGCUCUCUUUUCCGAAACCGCGUCCCCCGCGCUCGGCACACUUGUUAGGGAAGUUGCCGAUCUGUUUGAGGACAAACGAAAGGGUGAUGCGCUGAACAGGGCGUGGAAUGACUGGCGCGCAAUUAAUGAGGAUUACCCGUCGUUGCCUGGCUUGGGUGGUAUGCGGGCUGGGUCUGGAGGUUCUGGUGCUGGCAACUGGGCAGCGGCUGCUGCUGCUCCAUUGAGUGCUGCCGACAGCGCGGCUGCUAUUGCUGCCGAUCUGGGUCGCUCAGCACGUGUGCUGAAGCUAAAGAGUAGCACCCUCAAGGGAACAGCAGCUAGGCCCGGCACCGGGGCUGCCGCGUCCAGUUGGGCCGCUACAGCCUCGUCAUCACGUGCGCCACUAGUUGAUUCCCCCGAUGCGUUUCCCGCUCUGCCGAGUGUUUCAUCAUCCGCUCAGUCCAAGCAAAAACAGCCUUCAAGCUGGGGUGCUGCUGCCUCGGGCAGUACCCCGACGAUCACAACGACGACAGCGUCGAAGACAGCCGCGAACGCGGCCAAGAAAUCUGCCCCACCGCUCUCAUCUAGCGAGGCCUUUCCGGCGCUGCCAGCUGCGCCAAAGGUGCAGACAACAGCGUUUGGUUAUGGCAGAGGAGCAGUUAGGAGGGACUGGGGUGUUUCGAGGGAUACAGGGUUUACAUGGGGCGGUACAAAUGGCGGCCAGGAAACUGGGUCGUCGUCUCAGCAGGACCAACCUGGCCAGGUGGAAGGCGAACAUGCAGCUGAAGGGAAAGGCAAAAAGAAGAAGAAGCAAGUUUUAGUACAUUGGGGGUGA